AUGGUAGGUGGGAGUGGAGUGGGGUCUGACCGCAAAGUGUCUACUGUUUAAGAGAAAGGGACUCACCCUCCCUCUCUCUCUCUUUCACGCACUCACUCCCUCUCUCCGGCUGCAGCACCAGCAGGCUCAGUGCCUACAUGGAACACUACUGCUGAGAGGAGAGAGAGAGAAAAAAAAAUGACACAGCUGGCAUCUCUCUGAGGGAAACAAACAAACAAACAAACAAACAAGAACUAUCACACAAAGAAAAGAAGCAGACCUUCGAGAGAGAACUUGCAGAAGUUUGUGAACCCUUCACAUUUUUGAUCCCAGAGAAAGAGAGAGACUCACUCAGUAAAGGUUUAAGGUUCAAUCCAAAACACCAGGAACAUAAAUUCUCCUACCCUGCCCUUGUAUUAACCAAGGACCAGUGAGAGUGUGUCAUCAUGGGGAUGCGAGGCCUGCUCCUGGCCUGUGUGGCUUUGGCCACACUACUGGAUCUCUCUAAGGCUGGCCUGGUCAAGAAAGUAAUCAGGCACAGAAGAGAAUCUCUAAUGCCACCCAAAACAGAGAAUAUAUCCCUGCCUAAUCCAGACCAACCAGUGGUCUUUAACCAUGUCUACAACAUCAAUGUCCCCUCUGGAUCUUUGUGCUCAGUGGACCUAGAUUCACCUGGAGGAUCUGAAAUGAAGCCCCGGUCUGUCCCAUCUGAGCAGCACAUGGAGCACACCGUUGAUGGGGAAAACCAGAUCGUUUUCACACACCGGAUCAACAUCCCCAAACAGGCCUGUGGAUGUGAUAAUCACCUGCCAGAUUUGAAGGAUCUCCUGAAUAGGCUGGAAAUGCUCGAGGCUGAGGUGUCUAGCCUGAGGGAGCAAUGCACAAGUGGGGCUGGCUGCUGUGGGGCUCAGGUUACAGGUGAGGUCACUACAAAACCUUACUGCAGUGGUCGUGGAAACUACAGCACUGAGACUUGUAGCUGUGUGUGUGAUCCUGGCUGGAAGGGACCUAACUGCUCUGAGCCUGAAUGCCCCAAUUUCUGUCAGGACCAAGGCCGCUGUGUGGAUGGCAAGUGCAUCUGUUUUGAGGGCUUUGCGGGAGAAGACUGUGGAAUUGAGCUGUGCCCUGUAGACUGUGGUGAACAUGGUGAGUGCAUUGACGGGGCUUGCAUCUGUGAAGAAGGUUUCAUGGGGGAGGACUGCUCCAUGACAAGCUGCUUGAACAACUGCCUAGGAAGGGGACGCUGUGUGGACAGUGAGUGUGUGUGCGAUGAACCCUGGACAGGUUUUGACUGCUCAGAGCUUAUCUGCCCCAACGACUGCUUCGACCGUGGCCGUUGUGUUAAUGGGACCUGCUACUGCGAUGAGGGCUUCACUGGGGAGGACUGUGGUGAGAUUACCUGCCCAGGCAACUGUAACAACAAAGGCAUUUGUGUUAGUGGUCAGUGUGUCUGCAAUUUCGGCUACAGUGGAGAAGACUGCUCCAAGCUGACAUGUCUCAAUGACUGCAGUCAGAGAGGCCACUGCUUCAAUGGCAGAUGCAUCUGUGAUCCUGGCUUUCAAGGUGAAGACUGUAGCAUCCUCUCCUGCCCUGACAAUUGCAAUGAUAGGGGUCAGUGUGUGAAUGGAGAGUGCAUAUGCGAUGCUGGGUACCAAGGCGACGAUUGCUCUGAGCUUUCCUGUCCCAAUGACUGCCAUAACCGUGGACGCUGUGUUGAUGGAAAGUGUAUUUGCAAGCAGGGCUUUGCAGGGGAAGACUGCAGCAUUAAGACCUGUCCUAAUGAUUGCCAUGACCAUGGAGAAUGUGUGGACGGCAAUUGUGUCUGCCAUGUUGGUUUCACAGGAAAAGACUGCAGUGAGCUGACUUGUCCUAAUGACUGUCACAACCGGGGUCACUGUGUGAAUGGUCAGUGUGUAUGCAAUAAAGGUUUCACUGGGGAGGACUGCAGUAUUAAGACCUGUCCUAAUGACUGCCAUGGCCAUGGUGAAUGUGUGGAUGGCAAAUGUGUCUGCCAUGUCGGCUUCACAGGCAAGGACUGCAGUGAGCUGACUUGUCUGAAUGAUUGUCACAACCGAGGUCGCUGUGUGAAUGGUCAGUGUGUGUGCAACAAAGGCUUUACCGGAGAGGACUGCAGUGAAAAGACGUGCCCUAACAACUGCCUGGACCGUGGCUUCUGUGAUGAUGGAAAGUGUGUCUGCUUUGAGGGCUACACCGGAACGGACUGCUCAGAACUGACCUGCCCAGGAAACUGCAAUGAUCAAGGCCACUGUCUCAAUGGCAUGUGUAUCUGUGAGUUGGGUUUCACUGGAGAAGACUGCUCUGAAAUCUCUCCACCAAGGGAUCUAACUGUGACUGAAGUCACCCCAGAAACAGUGGAUGUAUCAUGGGUCAACGAGGUGCAGGUGACUGAGUAUCUAAUCACCUACAUGCCUACUGCAGCUGGUGGUCUGGAAUUAGAUAUGCGAGUACCUGGUGGAAAAAAAUCUGCAACCAUAAGGGAGCUGGAGCCAGGAGUGGAGUACUUGAUCAGUGUCUAUGCUGUUUUGAACAACAAGAUGAGUGUUCCUGUCAGUGCCAGAGUUGCAACACAUCUUCCUGAGCCUGAGGGCCUGAAGUUCAAAUCUGUGAGAGAGACUUCUGUAGAGGUUCAGUGGGAUCCUCUGAAUAUCCCCUUUGAUGGCUGGAACCUCAUCUUCAGAAACACAAAAGAGGAGAAUGGAGAGAUUUUGAAUUCACUUUCCCCACCCGAGACCACCUUUGAGCAGUCUGGCCUGGGCCCUGGCCAAGAGUAUGAGGUUAAACUUGAGGUGCUGAAGAACAAUACUCGUGGACCGCCAGCCAGUCGGAACGUGGUUACAAUGAUCGAUGCUCCCAGCCAGGUGGAAGUGCGAGACGUAACGGAGAGCACUGCCCUGAUUACCUGGUUCCAGCCUAUAGCUCAGAUUGAUGGAGUGACUGUGUCCUAUGCCCCGGUCACUGACUCCUCAGACACCAACACAGUGGCUCUGUCAGCAGUCGACACCCAGUACCACUUGGCUCACCUCUACCCAGACACUGAGUACAGAGUGUCUCUGAUGGCCCGCAGAGGGGAGAUGACCAGCGUGCCAGUCUAUGAAACCUUUACCACAGACUUGGAUGCACCCAAGGACCUGCAGGCGAUUGAGCAGACCGACGAGACCAUCACCCUGGAGUGGAAAAACAGUCAAUCUAAUGUCCCCAGUUACCGCAUCAAAUAUGGUCCUCUGUCUGGAGGAGAGCAUGGAGAGCUUACCUUCCCAACUGGCCCACAGGACAUUACUCAAGCCAAGAUCACUGGUCUCAGGCCUGGAACAGAGUAUGGAAUGGGAGUGACCGCAAUUAAGGAUGAGAGGGAAAGCUUGCCCACCACAACCAAUGCUGUGACCGACCUUGAUGCUCCUAAGGAUCUGGAGGUAGCCGAAACUUCAGAAACCACCCUGGUGCUGAUCUGGAGAAGACCCGUGGCCAAGAUUGACAUCUACAGGCUGGUGUUCGUGUCUGCUGAUGGACACAGGGCGGAGCUGGAGGUUCCAGGGAGCGCCAGCACCUACACCCUGAGGAACCUGAGCCCAGGCAUGCUGUACACCAUCACCCUCACCUCUGAACGAGGAAGAAAGAAGAGUGCACCAGCCAGUCUUUCAGCAUCCACAGACGACAAAAAGCCACUGGUUGGCAACAUCACCAUCUUUGAGGUGUCCUGGGACAGCUUCAAUGUUUCCUGGGAGAUGGAGAGAGGGGAGUUUGAGGGCUUUGUGAUCGAGGUGUCCGACCCUGAUGGCCUCUCUGAAGGCCAAAACCACACUCUGUCAGGCCAAGAGUUCAGCCUGGCUGUUACUGACCUUUCUCCCAGCACUUUCUACAGGGUCACUCUGUAUGGACUGUACAAGGGAGAGCUCUUAGAGCCAGUCUUUGCUGAGGCCAUCACAGAGGCUGAACCUGAGGUGGGCCAUCUCUUCGUCUCCAACACCAAGCCAGAUGGUUUUAUGCUGGAAUGGACAGCUCCAGAAGACACGUUUGAAACAUUUGUCAUCAAAAUCACAGAUUCGAAUGGAUUGGCAGAGUCAAAGCUGAUGAGAGUGUCCGGAGACAAGAGAACAGAAAUGGUUUCUGGUCUUCUUGAAGAUACAGAAUAUGAAAUCGAACUCUUUGGGAUAAUUGCGGGACGGAACUUCCAGCCCAUUUUGGGCGUAGCUCGAACAGGCUUGGGAACACCAAAGGGCAUCCGCUUCUCUGGGGUCACCGACACUUCUGCCACUGUUCACUGGACUGUGCCCCGUGCCCGCGUGGACAGCUACCGGGUCGCCUACGUGCCUGUUCAGGGCGGCAGUCCAAUGACGAUCACAGUUGAUGGAGGAGAGUCCCACACAGUGCUGCCCAACUUGACCCCUGGAGUGACCUACCAGGUGACAGUCACAGCAGUAAAGGGACUGGAGGAGAGUGAACCAGGCGCUGAUAGAGUUACAACAGCACUGGACAAACCUCGGGGUCUGAGAGCAAUUAACAUCACAGACACAGAGGCGCUGUUGCUCUGGCAGCCUACCGUGGCCACAGUGGACGGAUAUGUGAUCACCUACAGUGCAGACAGUGUGCCUCCAGUGAUGGAGAGAGUGUCUGGAAACACUGUGGAGUUUGAGAUGAGCUCACUCAUCCCUGCCACUGAGUACACUGUUAAAGUCUAUGCAGUGAAAGAAGCAGCCAAGAGCGCCGCCACUACCACAGUGUUCACUACUGAAGUGGACUCUCCUCAGGAUCUGGCAGCCAGUAACAUCCAGACGGAGAGUGCCAUGCUAACAUGGAAGGCACCGCGAGCGGAAAUCACCGGCUACAUCCUCACAUACGAGUCCGCUGACGGUGCAGUCAGGGAGGUGGUCCUCAGCCCCACAUCCACAUCCUACAACAUGGGCCAGCUAAGUGCCUCCACGGAGUACACCGUCCGUCUGCAGGCCAUCUCUGGACCCAUGAGGAGCCGCAUCAUCUCCACCAUUUUCACCACCAUUGGAGUCCUGUACCGACACCCUAAGGACUGUUCUCAGGCUUUACUGAAUGGAGACACAACCUCAGGCCUGUUCACCAUCUACCUCCGUGGUGAUGAGAGUCAGCCCCUGCAGGUCUACUGUGAUAUGACCACAGAAGGCGGCGGCUGGCUGGUGUUCGUCAGGAGGCAGAGCGGCAAACUGGACUUCUUCAGGAACUGGAAGAACUACACCGCAGGCUUUGGGGACAUGAAUGAUGAAUUCUGGCUCGGUCUCUCUAACCUGCAUAAGAUCACCUCUCAGGGCCAGUAUGAGUUGCGGGUGGAUCUCAGAGAUAAGGGCGAGUCGGCGUACGCUCAGUAUGACAAGUUCUCUGUGUCUGAGCCACGCAGCCGCUAUAAGGUGCAUGUGGGUGGCUACAGUGGCACUGCAGGUGAUUCAAUGACCUACCACAACGGCCGUCCUUUCUCAACGUUCGACCACGAUAAUGACAUAGCCGUCACCAACUGUGCUCUCUCUUACAAGGGAGCUUUCUGGUAUAAGAACUGCCAUCGGGUCAACAUCAUGGGACGAUAUGGAGACAACAGCCACAGCAAAGGUGUGAACUGGUUCCACUGGAAGGGCCACGAGCACUCCAUUGAGUUUGCUGAGAUGAAGAUCAGACCAGCCAACUUCAGGAACUUUGAGGGCAGGAGAAAGCGAUCGUAAAGCGGCUCUACACAUCUGCCCAACCCCCACCCCACCAAUCUGCCCUUACUGCAUCAGCUCCACCCCUUCAGCUACCAAAGCUCCUGCCAGAAACCUCUCUCUCUCUCUCUCUCUUUCUCUCUCUCUCUCUCUCUCUCUCGCACACAUCUCCAAUCCUACACUCACAGUAACCCAGUUUAAAAUGUCGUCCAUAAUCCCUCAUUCUGAGCUACAGCUCAUCCACGGUGGCGUGUGGCACCAGUGUGAUAGGUGCCGGCCUGACAGUCAGCGGCAACAGCCAACCACACCCUCUUCAGGGCCAUGCAAAACAUCAGAAUCAUACGCACCAAAGACUGCCAUGCCAAGAUCCAUGUAAGAAAUCCAUACACUGGUAGCGAAAUCGUUCAUUUUCCAUCAGAGUAUAAAAUAUGAUAUCACUUGUUUUGGUACUUCAUCUGGUACGUUGUUGACAGAAGUGACAAAGAGGAAUUUUGGAGCAAACCCACAGAAGAACCAUAUUUGGUUCCCUAAAGAACCUUUCAAUUCAUGGAAUACUCCAGCUAAUCUCUGUCUGCUGCAUCUGUAGUAUACUGUUCGUUACCAAGGACAGUCAUUUUCUUGCACUUGGAAAUGAGCAGAAAAUCUGUUGACAUGCUGACAAUAGAAGCAUCUGCCCGUUGACUUAUAUUGUGUUUUGAGUCAAUAGAUUUAUGUUCUUUUCCCAAGUCUAAACUAUUGCCUGUUGUAAUUUCCUAUAUACUAGAGAUGAGGCAGUUAGAGUUACUUAGAAAAAUGUUCUUUUAUAGAUUGAUCCACUCAAAAUAUUUAGUGGUUCUUCAGUGGCAUCGAUCCAAAAACCCCUUUUGGCGAGUUUAUAUCGAAGACUGUAGCUCAUGUUUGGUUCAUGUAUAAAGGGCAGAAUGUCUGUUAGUGGUCUUGUUUUGUGUUUGGUGCCUCUUCACUUUUACAAAAUGCAGCUUGCAUUUCAUCUGGCGGUCAUCCAAUGAAGAGGCCCAGAGCCUUUUUGUCUAUAUUAGUCUCAGUGUGAAGCAUCAUAACUCUUCGUACCCCCCCUCUUCCCCCACUCCUGCCAUUGCAAGUGAUCAGUUCUAAGGAACAGUGGCAUGUGUAGCACAUUGUAAACAUUUUUAAACAUUACCAUGGGUGACAUCUCGGCUCGCACAGUGCACAGGACACUGCGCCGCCUCCAACCGUAUGCACCUUUCCGAGUGUUUUUAGCCAAGCAAACUGUUUUAACUUUCAAUCCACAGGCCCUUGAUGUCAGAAACUCACUUUAAGAUUAGUAAAAACAAGUGAAAAGUGAUGUUAAUACUGGCAAAAAGUGAUAUUUGCUGUGAAAAGAAUGCUGAGUUCUAAAAUGUAGUUUUAGGAAUUAGUGUUAGCCUAAAAGAUUUUAGCUGUCACUAAUAAGAAUUCAUAGAUUUUCCGAUUGCAGUUUGGUGGGUGCAAUGGGUAAAAUCAAGUUUAACAUGUAAUAUUUCAAUUUUCAGAAGUAAACAAGGACAUUUUUAAGGAAAAGUUAUAAUUGUAACUGGUUUGAAUUUAAAAAAAAUUAAUUGAAAAUACUACAAAAAGGUAAACAUUCAAAUGUAAAAGUUACAAAUUUCUGUUCAUACGAAACAUGUUUUCUAUUCUUAAACAACAAUAAAUUUAUAUUGGUAAGAAUUGCAUUUCAACGUGUAAUCAUUAAAAUUUCAGCAUGUCAAAUUUUAAUUUUUACAUAACUUAUUUUGUGGGUAAAAAUAGUUUAUCAUGUUAAAAUGAACUGAGAAAAGCCAUACAUUCUUUCUAGGGAGAGCUGAAAUGUUAUAUGCUAACAUCUAAUAUUGCUAGUACAAUUUGAAAUUCAGUUUUUUACAUUAUACAAAUUUAAUUUUUAUCAUUUCAAAAUUGAAUAACUUCAGAUUGAAUUUCUGACAUCAACAUAAUGUGAGCUAAAGGCUAAAAUGGCUUGCCACACCUAUGGCAUUCUACAGGUAGCUAUUAGUGCUAAAUGAACCCAAGUUACACUUCACUUUCAGUGUGCAGGGGUUCAUUCUGCACUGGUGAAUUUAGCAGUGUAAUGACAUUGGAACACACGACAGAGGUGAUGAGUUUUAUUUUAUUUUUCUCAAUUGUAUCUUCUGGAAAGUAAAGGCAGGACCUAUAUCAGUAUGUGACUGAGGUAAGCAAGUUCGUGAGUACAUAUAAUGAUCGAGAGUCAUAAGGUGAUAUUGUGCGGCAGAUGAAUACUUUAAGAAGGCCAUUUUCAUUUUUUUAAAAUCUGCAUUGUACAUUUAUAUAAAGGUAUUGUACACAAAAUGAAUUAAUAUACAGAGUGAGUCUUUGUGUCCCCCCCACCCCACCCCACCCCAGCCUUUCCUGUUAUAGACUAAACCACUGACCCUAUGGAAUACCUGUGUAAAUUAAGUCUCUGGUAUCUGAAUAUGUUUUGUUUGUUUGAUUGUUUUGUUUGUUUGUUUUUAACUGGGUGAACAACAGGUGUUUCUCUGUAACCCCUAUUACAAUAAAAUGGAUUUUGUUUACAAAAACAAA